GUUAAUGUUUGUUGAACCAAUUUAGUUGUUCGUCGGCAUCAAAGUAUUUGGUCUAACACGACAACUUUCAGCGCACAGAGAAAAUGACGGACCUUCUACUUCAGAUGUGAUAUGACCAAAACGAUGUCCGAAGAACAUACAGUAAGUUUUCAAGAGGUUGUCAACAUGUCCGCUACUGCAUCUUCAGCAGAUGGAAAUCUCACCGGCGGCCCUGAUAACUCCGCGUGGCAUCCGAACACUGGGAUUGCAGUUGCCACCGUUUACGCUCUUAUUAUCGUCAUUGGUUUGAUUGGAAAUGUCACACUCAUCCGGACGUUCUGCACGGUGAAAUCCAUGAGAAACAUACCGAAUCUUCUCAUGUCAAGUCUUGCGCUGGGUGACUUGAUUCUGCUCGUCACCUGUGCUCCGGUGGAUGCUGCCCGGUUCUUGGCGGACGAGUGGCUGUUCGGUAGACUCGGCUGUAAGCUUAUUCCGUUCAUUCAGCUCACCUCCGUGGGGGUGUCGGUCUUCACGCUCACGGCGCUGUCCGCUGACAGAUACAAGGCCAUCGUCAGACCAAUGGAUGCCCAGACGUCUCAUGCCAAGAUCUGCCUUCGUGCCGCCAUGAUCUGGCUGUUGUCCAUGACCCUGGCCAUCCCAGAGGCUGUCUUCUCUGACCUGCACGCCUUCCCCAUCGCCAGGAGCAACCACACCUUGGUCACCUGCGCCCCCUACCCUCAGGGGGAGGACCUGCACCCCAAGAUCCACUCCAUGGCCUCCUUCCUCAUCUUCUACGUCAUACCGCUCCUCAUCAUCUCCAUCUACUACUUCUUCAUCGCCCGCAGCCUCAUACGGAGCACGUCGGAGAUGCCGGUGGAGGGAAACGUUCAUGUCAGAAGACAGAUCGAGUCCCGCAAGAGGCUGGCCAAGACGGUGCUGGUGUUCGUGGGCCUGUUUGCCGUCUGCUGGCUGCCGAGUCAUGUGCUCUACCUGUACCGCUGCUACCAUUACUCGGAGGCGGACACCUCCACGGCUCACUAUGUGGCCAUCGUGACGGCGCGCGUCCUGGCCUUCACCAACUCCUGCGUCAACCCCUUCGCCCUCUACCUGCUCAGCAAGAGCUUCCAGAAGCAGUUCAACAAGCAGCUGUGCUGCUGCUGUCCGGCCCCACGCCGGCUGAUGACCCCGCGCUCGCAGAGCGCCGGACGCAACAACAACACGCGCAUGACAUCGCUCAAGAGCACCAACCACUCGCUCGCCAGCUUCAGCAUCGUCAACGGCAACCACAGCUCUCGCGAGGGCGGCCCUUGA